GCUAUUAGCCCUCCGCCUCCCACUCCCGCUUUAAGUCUGUGGCGACUUAGGAGCAGCGUAUUGACAACACAAGCGGUGUGGGCUGGGCAGCGUGAGGGACGUAGGACGCGGAGCAGCGGCUGUCUGCCGCACUGUGGCGCCCACACAGCUCCAAGCAGGACCGCGGUGCUAGGUGAGGUACCUGCAGCAGUGGGGCCGGACGUCUGGAGCCGGGGGCUCACAACUCCCCAUUUCCCCCCGACUCCGACCUCCCGGCGGCGGAGCGCAUGCGCAAUGCCUCCCCGUGAGGGAGGAGAGAAGAUGGCGGAAGCGGAUACAUCAUGUACUAGUAUAAAUGAACUGCUUGAAUUUCCUGCCAGACUGAAAGAACAUUGCACUGCUAUGGAGAAUGAAUCCAAUGCAACAACGUGUUCCGCAUGUACAACUACCAUCACCACCACCUCCUCCUCUCGGACACAACCACCACAGAUAUCUGUCUACAGUGGCUCUGACCGACAUGCUGUACAGGUUAUUCAACAGGCCUUGCAUCGUCCCCCUAGCUCAGCUGCUCAGUAUCUUCAGCAGAUGUAUGCAGCCCAACAGCAGCAUUUAAUGCUGCAGACUGCUGCUCUACAACAGCAGCACUUAAGCAGUACCCAGUUUCAGAGUCUGGCAGCUGUUCCACAGGUUACCAGCAUCCCCAACCUUUCGGAUGACAGGAUCCAACUUUCACAGGCUGAAAGGGCAAGCCUGUCGGGUGGAAGGCAGUGUGCAUCACCUACUGGGAGCGUCACUCAGCAGUCAAGCAUGUCACAGACCUCGAUUAACCUUUCCACCUCUCCUACACCUCCACAAUUAAUAAGCCGUUCACAGACCUCCAACACUACUAGCAGCAGUAUAACCCAACAGACUAUGUUGCUGGGGAGCACUUCUCCUACCCUGAGUGCAAGCCAGGCUCAAAUGUACCUCCGAGCACAAAUGCUGAUUUUUACUCCUGCUACCACUGUGGCUGCUGUCCAGUCUGAUAUUCCUGUUGUCUCAUCAUCUUCCUCCUCUUCCUGUCAGUCUGCAGCUACUCAGGUUCAGAACUUAACAUUGCGCAGUCAGAAGUUGGGUGUAUUGUGUAGUUCACAGAAUGGCCCACCAAAGAGCAGUAGUCAAGCUCAGUCAUUGGCUCUGUGUACUAAUAAAACUGUAACUGGUACCAAGGCCAGCCAACUGGAUUCUCCAGACAGCAACAGAAAAGGAGAGAGCCCAACUUCUGAGUGUCGAAGUACAUCUGUCACACGGACAUCAAGUAUACAUCAAUUAAUAACACCAGCUUCAUAUUCUGCAAUUCAACCUCAUUCUCUAAUAAAACAUCAGCAGAUACCUCUUCAUUCACCACCUCCAAAGAUUUCCCAUCAUCAGCUGAUAUUACAACAGCAGCAAGUUCAGCCAAUCACACUUCAGACUCCUCCCAAUCAGGAACCAUCUCCAUCACAGCACUAUGUUCCACUCCAAAGCCAUGGUCUUCCUCCGGUUCCCAAUAGUGUCCAGUCACAACACUGCUCACCUGUUCACAUACAUCCUCCUCCUUUAACAAUAUCUCCUACUCCGUCCCAGUCAGCUCAGCAGUCAGUAGUGGUGUCUCCUACACCUGCACACUCACCUAGUCAGUCACCCACCAUAAUUAUUCAUCCACAAGCACUUAUUCAGUCACAACCACAUCCUCUUAUGCCAUCAGCUCUACAGUCAGAGCAAAACCCACAGCAGCCCACUACUAGUCCAGUACGACCAGUAGCACAACACCUUAAUCUUCCAUCCCAUCUUACAGUUCCACCUUCCCCAGUAGUACACAUUGGACCAGUAGAUCAGCCGAACUUGAUAUCCCCGGGCCAGCAGAUAGUGUCUCCAACACCACACCAGCAAUAUCCAACCUUACAGUCCGUGCCAAUCCCAGUUGCAACCCCUCCACAUCUGUCAACAUCUCCAACCCAGAUUCAGCAACUGCCCUUGCAGUCUGUGCAGUCUUUACAAAUGCAGCCUGAAAUUCUAUCUCAAGGCCAGGUUUUGGUGCAAAAUACUUUGGUUUCUGAGGAGGAGCUUCCUGCUGCAGAAGCUUUGGUCCAGCUGCCAUUUCAGACUCUUCCACCACCACAGACUGUUGCAGUAAACCUUCAAGUACAACCAUCGGUACCUGUUGAAACCCCUGUGAUUUACCAAGUGGAGAACGUGUGUGAGGAAGAGAUGCCAGAGGAGUCCGAAUGCGUCCGUAUGGUUAGAACCCCGACCCCACCAACCUUGUCUCCACCAGUUAUAACCUUAGGGAAUGGCGAGGAGCUUGCUUCAGAGGAGCCUUUGUCAGAACAAGUGGGACUUCCUGCAAUGGCAUCAUCAGUCAGUGCCUCAGUAAUUAAAUCUCCAUCAGACCCUUCACAUGCCUCUAUUCCACCACCUCCUCUUUUGCUUCCAGCAGCUGCCACAAGGAGUAACAUCACAUCAAUGCCUAAUAGCAUUCCUAGCCUAGAAAACAAACCUCCACAGGCUAUUGUUAAACCACAGAUCCUGACCCAUGUUAUUGAGGGCUUUGUGAUUCAGGAGGGUUUAGAGCCAUUUCCUGUAAGUCGUUCAUCUCUGCUGGUUGAGCAACCUGCGAAGAAAAGGCUCCUAAUGGAGGGUCAGGUCAUGAGUGUUGUGUGUGUUGAGUCAGAGCUGCAGAACAAUACAAAACAUGCAGAGAACUCCUCAGACACAGAGAUAGAGGACAUAAUUACAGAAGAGGGACUAGAUGAAAUGGAAAAUGAUCUCCUGAAGUGUGAGUUUUGUGGAAAAAUGGGAUAUGCUAAUAAGUUCCUACGGUCAAAGCGAUUCUGCUCCAUGUCCUGUGCCAAAAGGCACAACGUAAGUUGCACUAAAAAAUUUGGGCUGUUUACAUCAGACAAGAACAGUCGUUGGAAUCGGAAGUCAGAUAGCCAAAGUCUUGGACGACGUGCGCGUCGACCAAGUGGCUCUGAUGGGGCAUCACGAGAGCAUUUCCUUAGACAGCUUCCAAUUACUUAUCCAUCUGCAGAAGAUGAUUUGGCUUCUCAUGAUGAUGCUGUGCCAGCUGCCAUGACCACUCGUCUGCGAAGACAAAGUGAGAGGGAAAGAGAGCGUGAACUUAGGGAACUAAAAGUUAGAAAACUGCCGGAGAACGUUGACUUGCUACCAUCUGUACAAGCUGAUCCAUCAGUGUGGACAGUUGAUGAAGUUUGGGCCUUCAUACGUUCUUUGCCUGCACAACCGGGUUUCCCCUCCAAGCCCCAUGUCGAUAGAACUAGUCCCACCUCUGCUGUGGCAUCCCAGCUGAUGGAGAGUAAAGGUGUUCCUCCCUUCAGUCUGAUUUCUCUCAAGAGGUUGUCAAGAUAUUGCAGAUGAAUUUAGAGCACAAGAGAUCGAUGGACAGGCCCUUCUCUUGUUGAAAGAGGAUCACCUUAUGAAUGCAAUGAACAUUAAGCUGGGACCUGCACUGAAAAUUUGUGCCCGCAUCAACUCAUUGAAGGAAUCCUAAUGGGAAGCUGUAGACAGUAGCUUCUCUCUAACAGACUGAUACAUACUAUGGCAUACCUAUUACUGUGAUGUUUUGCUAAAUAUCUUUUUUCCCCCCACAUAAUGACUUUAAAAUUUACUCCUCCGGCUGUAUCAUAUAAUCCUCCAAAACUUCCAGUAAUUAGCAAAUUUAUAAGCAAUGCUUGGGAAUUGUUAGAAUAAAGCAGAGGGUGAGGUAGGAUGAGUGGCACAUAUAAAACGUAAUAUGUUGUGGUAGAUGAUACUAGUCUCUUCCCCCCCCCCCCAAAAAAAAAAAAAAAAAAAAAAAACACCCAAAACCAUGGUCUAUAUCAUACAAGGUUAAUGGUUUUUUAACACAAUCUGAUCAUCGUUUGAAUUUUGUUCAUAUGUUCAGAAAAACAAAUUUUCCCACAAGCAUUUUUUAGACUAUGGAAUAACAGAAGAGUCCACAAAGUCUGUGGAAGAACUGAUUAUGGUAAAAUGCUAUGCAUUUAGACACUCUCUGAGUUUCAUUUCGUCUUCAGCAUAUCAUUUGAAGGGAAUUUGUAACAAACCUCUUCUUACAGCCUAAAGCUUAUCUGUUGGCCAUUGUAGUAUUUUCUUCAUUUGGAAGCAUUCUGUAAAAUGUAGGGUGUUCAUCGUAACCCUAACAUUCGCAGUGGUAGAGUGGAAUUAGUCAAAGGUGUGCUGACAUUUGGCUCCUAUUUCACAGAUGACCUUGAAGAGCAAAUUGGACCUGCAGAAAAUGGUGUAGUUCCCUUUCCUUCAUUAGACAUAACACUUUGUUUCUAUCUACCAGAGGUCAGCAUUAGAACCACUGCACUGGAUUAUAACUUCUUGAACUGACUGUAUCAAAAGAUUCUGUUCUGAUAUUUUCUGUCAGCCUAUGAAGCUGGAAGUUAAGAUUACCCAAAGUUACCUACUUAAUGCAAAAUGUAUGGUGAGAGCUUAACACCCAGUGGGGCACCAAAAGAUUUAGAAAAAUACACAGCCAAAAGCUGGGGGUUUUUUGCAAGGCACUUUUAGAUUUAUUUUUUUCUGUAUACCUAGUGGUGUGGGGAAGACAGUCUAAUCUGGCUAAUCAUAGUGUGGUUAAAUCAAACUUCUUAGCUGAAAGUGCACUGUGCAGAUAGUUGGCAGUGUUCAUUUCAGUGGUAAAAUAAUGGCUACUUUGGGUUCUGCUUAGCUUCUUUCUUUUUUUUUUUUUUUUAUCUUAUCUGUGCUCGUUUGAUAAGCUAGUAGAAGACUAAAGAUAUGUUGAUAUUUAUCUCUUGGAUUUGUCAAAACUAGAGAGCGUUAAUUAUUUGUAUACAAAAAUACUAUUGGCUAAUUUUUUAAUCUUUGUCUGAUUACUGUGUUAUUCUUUGUUUGGCAAUGUAGAAAGUACAUGUGUUACAUGUGAAUUGAUAAUUAAUUACAGUAUGUUAGACAGUGUGAUCUUAUAUUGUGAGGCUUAUAGCCUAGAUCUACAGUUGUUUGUAGUGUUACAUGCAUGUUAGUUUGGUUAUUGUUUUAAUCUUGAAUUGUUGGACAGUUUUCAGAAAAACACUUCUAUAGUUAGCAGUUAUAUGUAUAUAAAGACUAAUAUAUAUAUGCAUGUCAACAAGGAUUUUUUAUAUAUAUUAGCCUUUAAUAUAUAUAAAUCCUUGUUGACUAAUUAUUGACAGACUGCCAGGAGCUCAAAGUAACCCAGAUUGCUGUACACAUUCAUUCUGGCUCUUUUGCUGAGCUACACUUUAUAUAUAAUUCCUUAUAGAGCUGGGAGAGCCACAAAACACUAUGUAUGCUUUAAAAUAUCAUGGAUUGGAGAACUGGAAUUGUAGGCCUGGUCCACACUUAAAAGUUUUGCUGCUUUAACUAUGCUAACAUAAUUAAAGCAGUGCAACCAAAAAAGCUAGUGUAGAUACAGUUAUAUUACUAUAAAACUAUAGCUUAUUCUGGUUUGGCAAAGUGAAAUAAGCUAUCUUGGAUUAGAUUAAUUAAUAUUGGUAUAACUGCAUCCACACUGGAGCUUUUCCUGGCAUAAUUUAUUCAGUAAGAUCACUUUUUAAAUUGAUGCUGCUUCAAAACUAGUUGAUCAAAAAGGAAGAGAAGCUUAUGAUUUUCUAAUGUGUGUGGUCUUGGAAUUUUGUUUUUUUUUUAAUUAUUACUAUUGAAUGUUGAUUGGGAUAUGGGGCUGAACAGAGCUCUAAGUUCAUAUUUUUUCAGUCUUAGAUGUUAUUUAUUGUUCCUACAGAAGUAAUUGUAAUUUUUUAAAAAGUCACUUUUGCACAACGAGCUAUAGUUUCAGUUUGGAAAUAUUUUAAAGAGAUUUAAAAUAGAAUAAAACAUCUACAUAUUCAAAGGAAUUAGUAUUGGUGUAAGUCAUAUGACUUACAUUAGAGCCAGUAGACUGUGUGGCUAAAUCCCUGCAGUUUGCUUUGAAAAUUUGGAGGCAUUUUAAAAAGUUUAAUCAUUUUCAGAUUCUUCUAUACAUUGAAAUGUUAGACCCAUGUUUGAGAGGUGUUGUUGCAUCUUUAUACUAAGAAAAGCUUCAUUGAUUUCUCAUGUGCCAGGCCUUGUAAAAGUCAACUCCGUUAUUUCGAUUGAAAGCAGUAGGAUGCACAUGAAAUAAAACCUUCCCACUGUACAUCAGAAAACAGUUAAAGUGUUAGAAUACCAAUGAUUUAAGAGUAAGAGGGCCUGAUCCAACGAUCUCUGGAGACAAGGGAAGUUGUAUUGAGCCCUAAGUGUGUAAUAAUUGUGUGGAACCAGAGGAGAGAUGUUUGUGUUCUAAAGGCUCUAUACACUUUUGGACAUACUCUUAUAUUAAUUUUUAUUCAUUAUGUAGUAGGGCCUGUCAACACCUACAUUCAAGUUGUGAGUACAGUUAUUAUAGUAGGGUUUUUACAAGCGUUGUGUUUUACUAUUGUAAUAACUUAUGAGUUAGUUGUUUUGUGCUUUAUUUUGCUAAAAGGAUGAAGCUUUUGGCCUUUAGGGGCUGGUCCAGCACUCUUUGAAGGUUGAUUCCCCUUGACUUCAAUGGGUGCUGGAUCAGGUCUUCAGUGAAGCUAAAGAGAGAAGUAUCUGAAAGUGCUACUGAACUGAGCACUACCAAAUAAUCUUAAUUAAGUCAAGACAUCUCACUGGUAGUAUUUGCAAGUCUUUUCUCUUAUUUAUUGAAGAUGUGUGUAGAUAUAGUUAUAGUGAAAUAAGUUAUAGUUUGAGCCAGAUUUUGCAGUGUGCUUAUCAGGUAAGUGUGAGCCACAAGGUAAGAACGUUUUAUCAGUUUUGCCAAAAAUUUCUUUGUAAACAUGAUUAAAAGUUCAUUUUCCCUUCUUUGUUUUAAAUGUAAUUUAGAGAACAUGGCCAAGUAUAUUCUUAAAGAGAGAGGGGAGUUUCACUAUUUUUAAUGGAAAAAGUGACUAAAAUUAGACAAGUUAAUAUUUGUCUUGGAAGAUUAAGGGAAUUAGUGCUGGCAUAAGCAAAUUCAACUCUAUAGAGUUGCACCUGUUUAUGGAAGAGAAGAAUUUGACUCUGUUUAAUUUGUGUUCUCAUUGCAUUGCAAAUAAUAAUAUCUGAGUGAGAGAAAUAGUGCUGUCUUCUCAUACCACACAUCUUAAGGAGAAGUUUUAAACUAUGCCAGAUUUCCUCCCCAAGCAUCACCAUAGAGAUUAAAAUAUGUGAUUUUUACAUCAUGAGUGUAGGCUGUGUGCACCAGUGCCUCUUGUAUAGUGGUUAGAACAAGAGACUGAUAACGAGGCUCUCAGAGUUCUAUUCAAGUCUCUUACGUUAAAAUCGCAAUGUAACUUUGGUUACGUUUUCUACACUUCAGUUUUUACCCUUCUAUAAAUUGUAUAAUAUUUAUACAUCUCAGAUGCUAUUAUGGGGCAAAUUAAUGUUGAAAUGGUGAAAUUCUGAGAAGAAAGGUAAUAUAUAAGCAGCAUAUUAUUUAAAUUUUUCAAUAAGCUUGCAGUUCACUUGGAGUUGACAAAGAUGUGGAUUCAGCUUUUCCUAAAAAGCACAUGCAUAAGAAUCAGUGGGGUGAAUAUAUUUCAAGAGAAAUUGAGAGGAUGAGUGAAAAUUUCAGACUGACUUCCAAUGCAAGCUACUUGCUGCUAAAUUAUCCAAAAUGUCAUCUAGAUAUAAAAUAGACAUCUAGAAAUAGAGCCUUUUGAAGAGUUUUAUAUGAAUUAUAAUUUGAGCACAAAUAUCUUAGUACAAUGGUAAAUAAAUAUUAAAUAAGUACAAUGUUUAAUUCAUACUUAAUGAACAUUUUUAAAGUACUGUAUUCUUAUAUAGCUGCAGUUGGAAAGUACAGCAUUGUUCACACAUAAUAAAUCAGCAUAUUUCAGUCUCCUGAUGAGGAAGUAGAAGUAGAAGCACAAAUAUAAUUGACACAAGUAUAGAAUGGUUUAUUAUGUACAACUGCUCUGCAGAUGAAACCAGUUUGAUCCAGGAGAGAUGUGAAUUAGCAUUAGUAAGAAAAAUAAAAGAUUAAUAAGAGGACCUAAUAUUUCCAUUUGGAGCUGAAAAGCAAAUAAAAUCUCUCAUUAAAGAGCAGAUUUACACGGUCUCCUCUGAGUCAAUUCAUUGGUUUCUUAAUGGAAUCUAAGAUGAGAUGGAUACAGAAAGUUCUUAAUAAGGGUAGCACCUUCCUCAUGAAUUUAUUGGGUGUUUAUAAUAAUGAUGGCUAGAUGACUAUACAGCAUUUGGAUGGCAUGUGGCCUGUUAAAGGAGGACUUUAAUGCUGACACAAGCAUGCACAUAAGUUAAUGCACAAAGCACAUUUGGCAGUGAUUUUUCUAUAAUUAUUUUGCCAGUAUUUGAAAUAUUUGCAGUUACCACCUUCUCAACAUAUUGGAUUCUGCAGUGAAUCUGUAAUCCUGUUAAUCAUAUCAUGGUGUGCAGUUGUAUUGUUAUAUCAAAGAUGCAGCAUUAUAGCUUCACUGUAGUAUCAGCUAAGAUAAGAAAACGGGGUAGAGCGAGAAGAUCCUUUAUUUGAACACAGAUAGGUUAUGGAAGGGUAAUGGGAUACAGAUAGUUUUACCAUAGGUCACUGGGGUUCAACUAUGAUUUUAAAAAAAAUAAAUAGUUAUCCUCGAGCUGGUAUCCUACAUGACAUGAGUCUAUGAUCUCAGUCUAGGAUUUAGUGAACAGUUUUUCCACAUGCUAAUUGCUUUCUUUAAAUAAGAAAACAAGGAUUAAAUGAGCAUAAAGAGAAAACUACCAUUUCAUAUUUAAAGAUGGUUCCUCCAACACUGGGUUAAAGCACAGUAGGAGGAUGGUAUGUGGAAGCUGGUCUUCCUGCUGUUAUCUAGUCAAUGGAUACAUUGACAUCCUGAGGGUUGAAAUCCUAUCUGAUACCUUUUCCCAAAGUGUGUGGGUAAAAAAAAAAAAAAAAAAAGUAUUCUAUUUUAAAGUUUUCUAAAUCUUGCUUUAAAAGUAUUCUUUGUAAUAUAAAGUUUGUGAAUUGAAAUUGAUUUGCUUUGUCGCAUUUCCAUGUAAAAAUUGCCAUUAGCUUUAAAAUGAUUGCAGCAAAUAUUAAGAAUGCUGCCAUCUCAGGACAGAUAAAGUAUGUAAUGAACUAUUAGAUCUAGAUUUUAAAAGCCAAAUCUGACUUGUCAAUGUUAGCAACCUUAUCUAACUUUUUAAAAUUUCAUCUAUAGUUCCUGUUCCAUUUGAGAAGUUGAUGUAUCAUAAUUCUUAUUGGACUAGAGUUUAGAUUAACCUCAUUAAACAGGAGCUGCUAAAAUGGAUGUGACAGGACAUAACCUUAUAAUCUUCACCUAUUGUCAUAUGAAGUUAACAUGAAGUAUUUUCAUACAUAAACCUGUGGAUUAGGUAAAGUUUUACUUAUUUCAUUAUCUUUAAAUGCCUGGUGCAUGAAUACAUUUGAGAUAUGCUGAUUUUUAAAUUCCAUUGGGUUUUUGUAAAUAUUUUAUCAGCCCUUUUUGGUGUGUAUCCAGUUUAUAUAGGCUGAAGAAACAGUGUUCAGAAACGUGGUAGGGCAGGGUUUGCCCUAUAUCUUUUCAAAUAGUAACUAGAAAUUAAGUUUAUUGGUUGGUGUUUUUCAGGGUUGUUCUUGAAGGUAUUCGUUAUUUUCCUAUUUUUAACAUAAAAUACAAUACCGUUUCCAUGCUGUGUAAGCCAGCAUAAGGGAUGAAGCUGUGAUUGUGGUGCCAAACAUUUCAAACUACGUAUUGUUAAAUAUUGCCUUUUCCUGUUUGCACUAGUUCUUAAAAUUCAACUGUUUAUUGGUAAUUUAGCAAAUGACACCAUAGGCAUUUCACUUGCUUUUUAACCGUACUUCCCCCAACCAUUUUGCAUGUGUUUAAAUUUUUGCUCCUCCUUUUGGUUACAUCUUAGAAAAGGACACUUUGGUUAUUGAAACCUCAGAAAGAUGUGGCACACGGUGAAUGAGAGAAGCUUUAUGCAAGGUAAAGUCAUGUAUUAAAACUGACAAUUGAACUUUUGUUUGCAGAAACAAAUUUGGAUUUUUAUAUAUGUAUAAAAAGAGAAUAAUAUGUGUUUGUUCUUAUCAUGGAGUGAUAUCAUACUGGAUUCUUCUUUACCAAGAAGUUUUAGCAUAUGUAGCAUCAAAUUCAGCAACUAGAUCAAUGUCUAUAAUUAAAGUGUAAUAUCAGUGUCUAUAAUUAAAGUAAUAAUGUAAAUGUUAAUCCAAAAUUAAGUUAAAGAAAUUUUACUGUUGAAGAGCACAGUGAUCUAUGUAAAAUAUCAUCUUCACUUUGUGUAUCAUUUUUAAAGAAAAAAGCACUUUCCUAUUAACCAGCAUGUGAAUGAAUUAUAGAUUCUCAUAUUUGUUAGUCUGUAACAGAGUGAAGUAAAAUUUACCUUUAACAACAUGUCUGUGAAUGGAUAAUCUGAUUAUACAAGUGUUGAAUCAAAGCACCUUAUACUAUGCUGCUUAAAUUUGCUUGUAAUUGCACCUUUUGUUAUCUGCACAUUUUUUCUUAUUGAACAUUCUUGUGUGAUAACAUUGCUCCCUGUGGGUCUAAGUGGAAAACUAGCCAACCUACAGCAUCAUUUAUUUAUAUCAUUAUAUUUCAAUACUAUGUUGUAUUGUGAGUUCAGUGCUUCAAAAAUAAAAGCUACUUCCAUUUGUUUACUUUGA